AUGGCUAGCGCGAGCGGUCUGUGGCAUGAAGCCUCGCAAUGGCUAUCGGGACGAACUUCGCAGACAAUACAAUCACCGGCGAAUUAUACGCGCCAGUUUACAACGGCAAUGGCCAAGCACGACAUGGAGAAAGAUGCCGCGAGAGGGAUUGGUGCUCUGAUUGGAUUUACUACGUGCGUACAGCUUACUAAAGUUUGACCUGCCCUUCUGAUUUGUUGACAGUGGCGCUGCUACCGUCUUCUUGUUGAUGGACAUGUUGAAGAAGAAGAAGAAGAAGAAGACCACAAACUAUUAUCUGAGCGGGAAAGAGGGCACCAUCAGGGCGUUCGAUGCCGCUUCUGGGGUCGGCUUUAUCAUGCCUUCGGAUGGCGGCCGCCAAAUUUGCUUCCUUCAUGAGGCGGUGGAGAAUCCCACUGCGCGAAUAUGCUCAGGUCAGCUUGUGACAUAUCGUGACCUGGUGCACGAAACGGGUCGUGUCAAUGCAAAGACUGUUAGGGUCUUGGGCAAAGCAAGUGCAAAGCGCGUGGACGAAUUUGACAUGGCAGUCGGGACGCUUGUACUCGUAAUGGGCGGAGUGUGGUGGUUCUGCAAAAGCUCGUGGCCUCGCCGGAUCGUUGGAGGGCUGCCUUUGUGGAGCCUGAAAGAUUUACUGCCCAGUCUCGAAACGACUUACCACGAUGUUUGA